AAUCAACAGCCAAAACCCUUGAGGAGAAGACACAGCAAGAGAUGGAGAGGUGGAGAGGGUAAGCGUGAUCGACAAGCCAAAGAGAAGGGGAGAGUAGAGCGAGAGGGAAAAGGAAAGAUGAGUACGGUGGACAAGAUGCUGGUCAAGGGGAUCCGGAGCUUCAGCCCGGAGAACAAGCACGUCAUUACCUUCUUCAAGCCGCUCACUCUCAUCGUCGGCCCCAACGGCGCCGGCAAGACCACCAUCAUCGAGUGCCUCAAGCUCUCUUGCACCGGUGAACUCCCGCCCAACUCCCGCUCCGGCCACAGCUUCAUCCACGACCCCAAGGUGGCGGGCGAGACGGAGACCAAGGGGCAGAUUAAGCUGCGGUUCAAGACGGCCGCCGGCAAGGACGUGGUCUGCAUCCGCUCCUUCCAGCUCACCCAGAAGGCCUCCAAGAUGGAGUUCAAGGCCAUCGAGAGCGUCCUCCAGACCAUCAAUCCCCACACUGGGGAGAAGGUCUGCCUUAGCUAUCGAUGUGCCGACAUGGACCGUGAGAUCCCCGCGCUGAUGGGCGUCUCCAAGGCGAUCCUGGAGAACGUGAUAUUCGUGCACCAGGACGAAUCCAACUGGCCUCUUCAGGACCCUUCGACCCUCAAGAAGAAGUUUGAUGACAUAUUCUCUGCCACCCGCUACACCAAAGCUUUAGAGGCCAUAAAGAAACUUCACAAGGAACAAGCACAGGAGAUAAAAACGUACAAGCUGAAGUUGGAGAACCUGCAAACUCUGAAAGAUGCAGCUUAUAAGCUUCGUGAGAAUAUUGCUCAAGAUCAAGAGAAAUCUGAAUUCUUAAAAGCUCAAAUAAAGGAGUUAGAGGGGAACAUUGAAGGCAUUGAGAAUAAAAUACUGCACGCAGAAACCACACUGAAGGAAUUGAGGAAGCUCCAAGAUCAGAUUUCAAUGAGAACUACUGCUAGAAGCACGUUGUAUAAACUUCAGCAGACACAAUAUGCUGCUCUUGCGGAGGAAAAUGAAGAUACUGAUGAGGAGUUGAAAGAAUGGCAAAUGAAAUUUGAGGAAAGGAUUGCAUUACUUGAAACAAAAAUUAGUAAGCUGGAAAGGGAGAUGAAUGAUGAAGAAACCAAAAGUUCCCUGCUUUUGCAGACAAUAAAUGACACUACACGUGAGAUUGGGAAACUUCAGGCUGAAGCAGACGCUCAUAUGUCUUUGAGACGCGAACGUGAUUCAACCAUCCUGAGGAUAUUUACAAAGUAUAAUCUUGGUUCUCUUCCUGAUGCCCCCUUUAGCAAUGAUGUUGCUUUGAACCUUACAAAUCGCACAAAGACAAGACUGUUGGAUGUUGAGAAGGAAUUACAAGAUAAAAAGAAAUCAAAUGAAAUGGAGCUUAAGUUUUUAUGGGAACGUUAUGUCACAGCAAAUGCUCGUUGUAGUGAAGUUGAAAGUCAGAAACAGGCCAAGAGUGAGACCAAGUUAGGCAUUUCAAAGCGCAUGAAAGAGAAAGCCAACGAGCGAGAUCUUGCAGAUCAUGAAUUGUCAAACCUUAAUCUGUCUCACAUAGAUGAAAGGGAAAGAAGCUUUCAAAUUGAGGUUGAAAGGAAGACACUUCUACUGGGAGAAAAGGACUACGAAGCCACCAUCAGUCAAAAACGCACUGAAAUGUUUAGUUUGGACCAAAAGAUCAAAGCUCUAUACCGUGAGAAAGAUAUCUUGGCUAGUGACUCUGAGGAUAGGGUGAAGCUGGAUAUGAAGAAGGAAGAGUUUGAGAGCUGCAAGAGGAAACAAAAAAAAAUAAUGGAAGAAUACAAAGAAAAAAUCAGAGGUGUGCUGAAAGGAAGAGUUCCUUCUGAUAAAGAUCUCAAGAAGGAGGCCACUCAUGCCUUUGGGUCUUCAAAGAAAGAGUAUGAUGACUUGAACUCAAAAACUCUGGAAGCAGAAAAGGAAGUGAAAUUGGUGCAGAUGAAAAUACAAGAUGCUAAAAGCCACAUUUUAAAGCUUCAAAAAGAUGUGGAUGCAAAGAGAAGGUUUCUUGAUUCAAAACUCCAGGCCUUGAUCCAAGCACCGGCAGAUAUAGGUUCAUUUACCAAAGUUCUUCUUGAGGCUAUGGAGAAAAAAGAUGUUCAGAAGAGCAAAUACAACAUUGCAGAUGGUAUGCGCCAAAUGUUUGAUCCUUUUGAAAGAGUUGCUCGUGCACAUCAUAUAUGUCCUUGUUGUGAACGACCUUUCUCACCUGAAGAAGAGGAUGAAUUUGUCAAGAAGCAAAGAGUUAAAAGUGCAAGUUCUGCAGAGCAUAUGAAACUAUUGGCUGUGGAGUCUUCAAAUGCUGAUACACAUUUCCAGCAGUUGGACAAGCUCCGCAUGAUAUAUGAGGAAUAUGUUAAACUUGGAAAGGAAGCAAUCCCUUUAGCAGAGAAAAAUCUGAAAGAACUCACAGAAGAUCUCAGUCAGAAGUCUCAGGCAUUUGACGAUCUUGUAGGGGUUCUAGCUCAUGUUAAGACUGAGAAGGAUGCUGUAGAAGUUUUACUUCAACCAGUGGAAACUAUUGACCGGCUUUGGCAGGAAAUGGAGAAUUUGAAACCCCAAAUUGAAGAUUUGGAGUAUAAGCUAGAUUCUCGAGGACAAGGUGUCAGAUCUAUGGAGGAAAUUCAGCUACAGCUUAAUUCUCUGCAAAGCAAAAGGGAGUCACUGAGUACUGAUGUAGAGAAUCUGAGAGAAGAACAAAAGUUCCUCAAUGCUGAUUUGUCAAGUAUUCAAAUGAGGUGGCAUGCUCUUAGAGAGGAAAAACUGAAAGCCUCUAGUAUAUUGCACAAAGUCAAAAAAGCAGAUGAGGAUUUAGUUCUUCUAGCUGAGGAAAAUGCUCAAGUAGACCUAGAUGAGAAGCAUUUAGCAGAAGCUCUUGUUCCAUUGAUAAAGGAGAAAGAUAAAUUAUUGCAAGAUCAUGCAGAUUUAAAACUGAAACUUGAGCGAGAAUAUGAUGAGCAAGCAGAAAGUAAAAGAAGUUUUCAGCAGGACAUUGAGAUGCUUAUGACACUUAGUCGUCGGAUCAAAGAGUACCUUGACUCAAAGAAAGUUGAGAAAUUAAAGGACUUGCAAGAAAAGCACACUUUGUUUGAAUCACAGCUACAGAAAUGUGAAACUAAGAAGCAGGAAAUUUCAGCUGAUUUGAACAAGAGUAAGGAGUUACUGAGAAACCAAGAUCAACUAAAAAGAAAUAUUGAUGAUAACUUGAAUUAUAGGAAGACGAAAGCUGAAGUAGAUGAACUUACUUUUGAGAUUGAAUCUCUGGAGGAGAAGGUGUUAAAUAUUGGCAGUAUGUCGAGUUUAGAAGCUGAUCUGAAAAGGCAUUUGCAGGAGAAAGAGAGACUUCUCUCCGAGCUGAAUAGGUGUCAUGGAACUCUCUCUGUCUAUCAGAGUAACAUAUCAAAGUACAAGCUUGACCUUAAACAGGCUCAGUAUAAUGACAUUGAUAGAAGGUAUUUCAAUCAGCUUAUUCAACUUAAGACAACAGAAAUGGCAAACAAGGACCUUGAUAGAUACUACAGUGCACUAGAUAAGGCUCUCAUGCGCUUUCAUACAAUGAAGAUGGAGGAAAUAAACAUGAUCAUUAAGGAAUUAUGGCAGCAAACUUAUAGGGGGCAGGAUAUUGAUUACAUAAGUAUUCAUUCUGAUUCCGAAGGUGCUGGGACUCGGUCAUACAGCUACAGAGUCCUAAUGCAGACUGGCGAUGCUGAGCUUGAGAUGAGGGGAAGGUGUAGUGCUGGUCAGAAGGUUCUUGGUUCGCUUAUUAUAAGACUGGCUCUAGCAGAAACAUUUUGUCUCAAUUGCGGGAUACUAGCACUUGAUGAACCAACUACCAACUUGGACGGGCCAAACGCAGAAAGUCUUGCUGCCGCUCUCUUAAGAAUUAUGGAAGACCGGAAGGGCCAGGAGAAUUUUCAGUUGAUAGUAAUUACUCACGAUGAGAGGUUUGCUCAGCUGAUCGGUCAACGUCAGCAUGCUGAAAAAUAUUAUCGCGUCACGAAGGAUGAACUUCAACACAGCAUCAUCGAAGCUCAAGAAAUUUUCGACUGAUUUCACAAUCCGAAGAUGAAGCUUUCUGCACCCAAAAUCCCGUCGGUCGAGAAACAUAUUUUUCCAACAACUCGAGUGGCGAGAGGAUGAAGGCGACUUUGAUGCAGCGGUAACGCCUUUUCUUGUGGUGAAAACACGAUGUAUUCAUGGCGUCGACAAUUUUCCUUCCGGCUAAGAAUCCAUUGAUCUACACUGCUUACCAACAACUGUUCUGCCUGUCGCGGUCUCGUGACAGAGCGCCACAUGCACCAAUAGUGCUUCUUUUGUACUAUAUGGAUCAGCAAUCAAUCAGUCACUUCCACAUGGAUUUGUCAUUUUCUAACGAAAUGCAUUGCUAAAGAUGUGACAUCACUGAAAAUGUAUUGUAUUGUAUGGAAAUGUUACCGAGUCUCGAUGUUUUAUUUAAUGUGACAGUGCGAUUCUGAGCUGUAGAGAUCGGCGUUUGCCGGCCACGUUACCGAUGCAUUCAUCACGCAUCAUGCUUUUGCCAACUCCCUCAGCCUUUCCACCAGCCUUGCCGUGAACCCAUCUUGCAGCUCCUUCUUCAACAGGAACUCCCUCCACUUGGCAUGCUUCUUCCUCGCCUCCGCCUCCGCCGCCAUCACCUUCCUCACCGCCGCGCACACCGACUCCCUCGUGAAGCUCCCGUCCUCGCCUUUCCUCUCCACCUCCACCCCAAUCCCCAGGUCCCUGGCGAACAGCGCUGCGUUCAGGUACUGGUCGCCCUUCUGCGGCAUCAUCGCGAGCUGGCAGCCGGCCGCCACCCCCUCCAUCACCGAGCUCAGCCCGGCGUGGCAGACGAAGCAGCCGACGCUCUUGUGGCGGAGGAUGUGCUGCUGCUGCACCCACCCGCUGUGCACCAUCCCCCUCCCCUUCACCCUCUCCUCGAAUCCCUCAGGCAGCCUCUUCCUCACCUCUUCUUGCUCCCCGUUCGUGCAGGACUUGGGGCGGUUCAGGACCACCAGGAACGGCAUGCCGGUCAUCUCCAGCCCUAACAGGAGUUCCCUCUCGCCCUCGUCCGUCAGGAACGUCUCGCUGCCGAAGGAGCUGAAGACGACGGUGCCCUCCGCGAAGCCGCCCAGCCACUUCGCCCACCGGGCCUCCAGCUCUCCCUCCGGCGGGACCGGCACCACCGGGCCCGCGAGCAGCAUCGGCUUCCCGAACUGGCGCUCAACGUAGUCGAUGUACGAGCCCUCCAUCUCUGUGCACGUCUUGGCGACGAUGGCGCUGCAGCUCUCGAUGCAUUUGACGACGCGCUCGUAGACGCAGGCGCCGCCGCCGAAGCUCUUGAAGAUGUAGAGGAAGUCGGCGGCCUGGUAGGCGGGGACGGAGCGGAUCGAGGAGGCGGCGGACGGGAAGCCCGGAGGGGGCGACAUGAUGUCACCGAGGGUCGGGGCGGGGCCGUGGAGGCGCCGCGCGGGGACGGUUAGGUAGGCGGUGGAGACCGCCGCGAAGACGGAGAAGAAGAGCGUCCGGACGCCGAGCGGCUCCGCGACCUCCGGCAGCCACUGCAUGCCGAAGUCGAAGACGGCCAGGUGUGGGCGGAGUUCACGGAGGAGGGACUCCACCUGGGGCCUGGUCCCGUCCACGGCGAGCUUGAGGAGCUCGGCCGCUGGUGACGUCGGGGGGAGGUCGGCCGUGCUCUCGACGCCCGGGGGCAAGCCGGGCACGGCCGGCAGGUAGAGCGGGACGACAGAGAUGGACGUGGAGGCGGGGAGAAGGGACUCGAUCCGGGGGACGUUGGCGGCGGCGGAGAGGAAGGUGACGCGCACGCCACCGCUGGCGGCACAGGACGAGAUCUUGCGUGCGAGCUGCAGGAAGGGGCUGAUGUGGCCGAAGGCGAGGUAAGGGAACAUGACGACGUGGAGUUCGGAGUCCAUGGAGUCAGGCUUCUCUCUCCUCCUCAAGCCUUUGCUCGUGCUACGGACGGAGGCCGAGGAAGCUGUGGGCAGCAGCACUACUUAAAAAGGCUUGCGAGCGACGGACAGUUGGUCCGCACUACUGACGGAGUUACGAGGGCGAAGGGUGGACCGUCGGAUGAAAGGUCAGUAGGUCGAGGGAACGGUUGGAUUUAAGCCAAUCUGACAACCAGCAACCGCAUUAAUUA